CAGUUCCCACCAUUCUCUGGAAUUCUCUCUCUCUCUCUCUCUCUCUCUCUCUUCUCUCAAUUGCUGAGUCAGUGUUUGGUUGGGGAGAAGCUCGAACAAUCAGCGGCAAUGGACGCGUGUCUCUGAGAGGGAGCUAGAUUGAAGCUUUGUCUGUAAAUUUGGAAACUUUGGAGGAGGAGAGAGAGUUGCUUAAUCGAUUGAUUGGGAGCUGAGGCUGAAGAAAAGCUUGCUUUUUUCUAAUGGCGGUGGAAUACGAGUGUUGCAGUAGCGGGUUCUUCAUUCACAUAGCGCUGAUCGUGCUGUUGGUGCUGUUCGCUGGGCUAAUGUCUGGCCUCACCUUGGGGCUCAUGUCCAUGAGCCUCGUCGAUCUCGAGGUCCUCGCCAAGUCCGGCACCCCCAAGGAUCGCAAAUACGCCGCGAAGAUAUUGCCUGUUGUAAAAAAUCAGCAUCUGCUGCUCUGCACCCUACUAAUUUGCAAUGCUGCUGCAAUGGAGACACUUCCUAUUUUCCUUGAUGGUCUGGUGACAGCUUGGGGUGCGAUCCUAAUUUCGGUGACACUGAUUCUUCUGUUUGGUGAGAUUAUACCACAAUCUGUUUGUUCCCGAUAUGGUUUGGCGAUAGGUGCAACAGUCGCUCCAGUUGUGCGCGUUCUUGUCUGGAUCUGCAUUCCUGUUGCAUAUCCAAUUAGCAAGCUAUUGGACUUUCUGCUGGGCCAUGGACAUGUAGCUCUAUUUCGCAGAGCUGAGUUGAAAACACUUGUAGAUAUGCAUGGUAAUGAGGCUGGAAAAGGUGGAGAGUUGACACAUGAUGAGACAACAAUUAUUGCCGGAGCACUUGAGCUCUCCGAGAAAACAGCUAGUGAUGCCAUGACUCCUAUAGCCGAAACUUUUGCAAUUGAUAUCAAUGCCAAGCUUGACAGGAAUUUGAUGAACCUAAUAUUGGAGAAAGGACAUAGUAGAGUUCCUGUUUAUUAUGAGGAGCCUACAAACAUAAUUGGACUCGUCCUGGUAAAAAAUUUGUUGACGGUUAAUCCAGAAGAGGAAGUGCCUGUAAAGAGUGUCACUGUACGCAGGAUUCCAAGGGUUCCAGAAACGUUGCCGUUAUAUGACAUAUUGAAUGAGUUUCAGAAAGGUCACAGCCACAUGGCUAUUGUUGUAAGACGAUGCAAUAAGAAUGUGGAUCAGACCAACGGUGAUCCUGCUGACAAUCCAGUGAAGGAAGUGAAAGUCGACAUUGAUGGUGAAAAGCCUCUUCAAGAGAAGAUUUUGAAGAGCAAAAGAUCACUGCAGAAGUGGAAGAGCUUUCCCAACACAAACAGUGCAAAUAAUUCAUAUAGGACCGGUUCCAGAAGCAAGAAAUGGACAAAGGAGAUAUAUUCAGACAUCCUGCAGAUUGAUGGCGGUGAGCCACUCCCUAAGCUCCCUGAAGAGGAAGAGGCUGUUGGCAUUAUAACAAUGGAAGAUGUUAUCGAAGAACUGUUACAGGAGGAGAUUUUCGAUGAGACUGAUCAUCAGUUUGACGACUCAUAACACCGGUCUAUUCUAGGAAGCAAAGUGUCUUCAUCUUGCCGUACAUAUGAUCACAGAAAAUUAGUGAAACUUGUUUCAGUCAUUUCUUUUUUGUCUUGUAGUGUUAAAGUAGGUUUGUAGUACUGUACGGAAACUGUAUUGAAAAUUCAUGCAGUUGAGAAGUGAUUAGAUGUGUGUAAUUUGUUGUACUCAUUAGUAGCUGUGUAUGUUGGAGAUGAAUGUCAAAUUUUUCUCCAGGCUAAGUUGUGAAAAAAAGAGAAAGGUUAAGCAUAUGGUCUUUGAGUGCGUCGCACUGUUUUCUGUUGUAUAAUUCUACUUUUAACAGUCCCGCUCUUCUCAUCCCGCGGACCAGAAGAGCGGGACUGACUUUUAAACAAAACAAAUUGAAAAUGUU